AUGUGGGACCAAAUCCAAAACGCCGGAUUGUGCAACGGAUUUGGACAAUUUAGAUGCAGCAUUUAUCCACCCAUCAAGCGAUGCGACCAUGCCAUUUUUCUGGACGAUGCCGCUCAAGUAGAGGCCGUCUCGAAAGAAGAAGCUUUCGAGCUUUUGCGUACCGUGCAAACCACGUGCAGCGUUGGUCCCGAUGGUCUUUCAUCUUCCCUUCUGAGAUAUGAGGCCUAUUCUCUCAGCGAAAUAUUCAAAUAA